AUGGAGCGUAUUUCGGAAAAACGAUAUCCUCUCAGUGCAGUAGAUUACAAGUUAUAUGAAGAGGUUGGGGAAGGCGUCAGUGCCUCAGUAUUCCGAGCUCUCUGCAUUCCACUCAAUGAGAUUGUUGCCAUCAAAGUGCUUGAUCUUGAGAAGUGCAAUAAUGAUUUGGAUGGAAUUCGGAGAGAGGUACAGACCAUGAGCUUGAUUGAUCAUCCAAAUCUUUUAAGAGCGUAUUGCUCUUUUACUGCUGGGCACAGUCUUUGGGUUGUGAUGCCCUACAUGGCUGGUGGCUCGUGCCUUCAUAUAAUGAAAUCCGCCUUUCCUGAGGGUUUUGAAGAACCUGUUAUUGCAACUGUAUUGCGUGAGGUUCUCAAGGCUCUUGUUUAUCUCCAUGCCCAUGGGCACAUACAUAGAGAUAUUAAGGCUGGGAAUAUUUUGUUUGAUUCUAAUGGUGCGGUCAAAGUGGCUGACUUUGGAGUGUCUGCGUGUAUGUUUGAUACUGGAGAUAGGCAACGUUCAAGAAAUACUUUUGUUGGAACACCUUGCUGGAUGGCUCCAGAAGUUAUGCAGCAAUUGCAUGGAUAUGAUUUUAAAGCAGAUAUAUGGUCGUUUGGUAUAACAGCACUUGAACUUGCUCAUGGUCAUGCCCCAUUUUCCAAGUAUCCACCGAUGAAAGUUUUGCUUAUGACUUUGCAGAAUGCCCCUCCAGGUCUUGAUUAUGAGAGAGACAAGCGAUUUUCAAAGUCUUUCAAAGAGUUGGUUGCCACUUGCUUAGUCAAAGACCCAAAGAAGCGUCCAAGCUCAGAAAAACUUUUAAAGCACCACUUCUUUAAACAUGCACGUGCCACCGAAUAUCUUGGUCGCACCAUUCUUGAUGGCCUUGCUCCAUUAGGAGAUCGUUUUAAAACGCUGAAGGCUAAAGAGGCAGAUUUAUUGAUGCAGAACAAGGCUCUUUAUGAGAUGGAGCAAUUAUCUCAGAAAGAAUAUAUUCGAGGAAUUAGUGCCUGGAAUUUUAACCUGGAAGAUUUGAAGAGUCAAGCUGCUCUUAUUCAAGAUGAAGACAUGUCAAUUGCAGAAAAGCCAGAUACAGAUAAGAAGAAAAAAGACAUAUCAAAUGACUCAAAGGUUCCCAUAUCAAAUGACUUAAAGGUUCCCGCGGAGGAGCAAUCUGCUUCUAAUCAUCCAGAGGGUACAUCCACACUGGACAAGGAGGAUGGAUUCAACAAUCUUCAGGACUUGGAAAGUUCACUUGCUUCAUUCCCUGUUAAACCUCUUCAAGCACUCAAAGGUUGUUUUGAUGUCUGUGAUGAUGAUGAUGUCAAUGAUACUAGUCCAAAGGAUUUGGAUCACAGUUAUGGAAGAAUUGAUAAUGAAAGUUCUGGGCCAAGUAAAAUGUCGCCUCAAAAAGCUACUCAGCCUAAGAAAUUUUUCAGUAGCUCUUUACAACCUGAUUUUCCCAAAAAAGUUACUGAUGUGGACAGGGAUUAUUUACAAACAAAAUAUCCUUCCGAAAGGAAUCACAGCGGUCCAUUGUUAUAUCGACAGAGGAAAGAUAUCAACAACUUUUCAUCUGUUGAUGACACAUCAGAAGGAGCGGUUGUCCAGCGUAGGGGACGGUUUAAGGUCACAUCAGCAGAUCCCAGUUCAAUGGGUCUUUCAAACAACUCUUCUGGCUCAGUUGCUGGAAGUCCUACUCCUAAUCCUACCAGUCCCCCAAAACAGAACUUAAUGACUGCUUCUAUUCUUCCAUCACUGCAGUGCAUCUUGCAACAGAACGGCUUGCAGAGGGAAGAAAUUAUUAAACUGAUAAAGCACACAGAGCAAUCUUAUGCAGGUAAGAAUGAAUCAAUAGAGGCAGGAGCAGUUGAUAUUCCGCAGGCACCACUUGCUACAACUAGAGAAAAAGAGCUGCAUUUGCAGGUGAUUCAACUCCAACAGAGCAUUGGAAGCCUUGUCGACGAAUUGCAGAGACAAAAGAUGAAAAAUGUUCAGUUAGAGAGACAGUUGAGCAGUAUGACAGCAAUUUUUGAGAUGCUAUUCCUUGAGUCACGUGUAAAAUUUAAUUUAUUUGACAAGAUACUCAUAUCAUGUAGAGAGACACUGAAGAGGCGAGUUUUUGAAAUUGUGUGA